UUUUCAUUUUUAUAUACAAAUUUAUCCAAUAGUUUAAUUAAUUAAUGGUUUAAAUUUGGCUAUUAUAUUUAACUAUUCACCUUUUUAUCUGAUGUGUUAGAUUAAUUUGAUGCUAAUCUUAAAAUUAUUUUCACAAGUUUAUUUUACCCCAAAUUAAUUAUUAUUUAUUAUUUGUAAAGUAAUUUCAUGGAAUUGUUAAAACUUGGUUAAUGGAAUUGUUAAAACUCGGCGCCGUUAGGAUCAUCGAUUCUUCCAUACAAAAUGAAAGUUGGCUGAAUGUGGGUGAGGUAAUUGAUGUUGAGUUUGAGGAGUUGAGGCGGUUUAUAAUUGCAGUGUUGUUAGGCCAGGAUUCCUCAGGAUUUUGCAGAAUUCGACUCCAGGAGUUUGUAAGGGAAUGUGUUUCUUAUGAGAAAACUGAAUUUCUAAUCAGAGAAAUUGACAAUUUGCUCAAUAAACUUUUAACUCAAUCCCUCAGUGAAAUUGAGGAUAAUUUUGGUCAAAUUGAGGAUAAUUUUGGUCAAAUUGAAGGGAAUUUGAGGGCUAAACGUGCGCUCAGUUGUGAGUCUCAGGAAUACUUUAACCUGCUCACCAAAUUUGAAACCUUCUGGUGCAGGAUCAGGACCGGAAUUGUUGAGGUGAUAAAGGUGUGUGAUCCGCUGGCUGGUAAAUUAAAUAAGCCGCAGUCAUGUCAUAAGUACAUUGAAAAGGUGGUUGAGUACUUUAAAAAAGACUGUGAAGAACGUGGAACACUGUACGAUAAUCUGCAAUCAGCGCUUUUAAACCUCGUUUCCUCCUACAGAACUGGGAAAAAUGUCAAUUUCACACAACUACAAAAUGUCAUUAAUCUCUUCAUCUCCAUCGGGUUGUUUGAGGAGUUUGAGGAGAAGUUAUUGCUGAGCACGACGCGGUUUUACAGUAGCCUGUCGCGAGAUUACAUGAACAGCUUUUCAAACGUCGAUUGCUUCUACAAAUUCAACAACACCAUUGAUCUGGAAAGGAGGUCGUGUGAGUGUUAUUUGAUCCCGGAAACAACGGUUAAGGUGAUAAACACUGUGAAAAACGAGCUUUUAUACAUAAAAUCCGACGUCCUGAUAUCACACGAGCGGUUAAAGAAUAUAAUCAAACUCGAUGAUCUGGACACUAUUCUACUCAUUAACUCACUAUACUCCAACUCAGAAUACACCUCACUAUUCCUCGAUAAUCUCUUCAAAGCAUUCAAAGAGAUAUUUUCGGAGUAUUUGAGUGACUACGUGAAGUCGAGGGAUUAUGAAAAAUCAGAUUUGUUGGUGAGUGAGAUGAGUGACUACCAGGACAAGAUAGAAAAAUACGCGAGACCAAUCACGACUCAAAGUGAUUACAACUCAAGGAUCAAGAAAUUUUGGAUCUCCGUUUUUGCGACAAAUGACUCCGUUAUCGAAUAUGUCACUCUCACCUUUGGCAAAUAUUGUGACGAACUGCAUAUCAAUAGUUCUGAAGUACAAGAUAAAAUGAAGUUCUUUCUCUUCAUUUUCCAAUUCCUCCCAAAUAAAUCAUACUUUGAAAUGUGUAUUCGGACCUUCCUGACAGUCAGACUCCUGUACCAUAAAUACCUCGACACAACACACAUCAACAUCAUCAAGUCACUCGAAAAAGAGUGUGGCCCUGACUAUACGUGUAAAUUGUCGGAUUUGGUUGAUUUUUACGAGAAGUCGAAGAAGCUGGUGAUAGAUUCUGGCAUUGCACGGUAUAACUUUGGCGUUGUGCUAUUGAACAAAGAGUGCUGGAUCCAGAAGAAUAUUAGAGAGUUUGACGUGCCAGAACGGUCAAGGGAAUUUUCCGAUUCUGAAGUUGUGGAAAUGGAAAAAAGCACAAGCUUUCAACCGCCACUGGAUAAUCCCACCUUCGAUCCCGAAGAAGGAACAACUCUAGACCAGAUCCUACAACUACAAUCAGAUUUCAAAUCAUAUUACGACGGCAAGUUUAAUAAGAAAACGCUCCAGUACCUUCACCACCUCGGAUCCGCAGAACUACAAAUUAUCCAUAACGGACGGGAGUAUGAGUUUAGGGUUUCAAGUUAUCAGGGCUACUGUUUACUCUUGUUUAAUACUCAGAAAUACGUCACGCUGGCGCAGUUGGAAAAGAAACUGUCACCCGACUACGACGACGCCACCAUGAGGACACAACUGUCAGUUCUAGAAGAUCACAAACUCAUCAAAUUCCAUAACCCAGAACUCAGCUUCAUCUCUUGCGGUGGGAAUGACUAUUUUGAGUUGGAAUUGAGUUUGUGUGAGGAGUUGUUGGAUUUAAUGCCUGAAAAGGAGGAAUUAUUUAACAUGAACAUGGAUUACAUAAUAACGAAAUCGUCAUUUGAUGAUAUGAUGUUGUACAUUGAGUCGACGAUAAUGUUAUACCUGAAGCAGAUGCUGGAGGCCUCCAGCACGACGAUUUUUAAGCUCUUUAGCAAAAACCCAAACUUCACACUCUCCAGACAACAGUUUAACAGAAUCGUAGACUCUCUAGUCGCCAGAGGAUACCUCAAAUACAAAGAAGCAACCAAAGAAAUUAUACAAUUCAUACCCUAAUAUUUAAUACUCCACAUA